UUACACCAAUCACCCCCAUAUGAGCAAGUGCGCUAUGCCAACACCGGCAGUGCAAUUGCACGAGCAUCAAACCGGGUUGACUCCACGACGUGCAUUAGCACAUCAGACAGUCAAAUACGAACGAACACUGGGAAUAUAGCAAACCGGUGUUUAAUAAUUUUAGCACGAGCGUCGUACGAGCCGACAUCAACCCAACACUAAUAAAACAAACCACCAGCACCAGAUUCUAUUGUCUUCGUAUCGACUUAGAGGACCCCGAGGAUUAGAUUAGAUCAUGCAAAGCAAUCCGGUUUGGUUUGCCUUCUCGAUCCCACAUCAAUGGUUGCAUGAAUCCACCUGUGUCACGGUGUGAGGCUGUACCAAUGAUUUGGACUCGGUAAUUGCACUGCACCGAUUGAUUCUUCCAAAAGGUUGUGCAGCAUGGCGCGUUCGCUGUAACAUUCUCGCAAAGGACAACGGAGCUGCUCUCCCCCAACACUAAUUGCUUUUAGUGGAGCACGAAAUCCAACAUAUAAAGUAGUGGUGCCAUGUAAAGCUCCUUCCUUACACAGCCUCCUUUGCCCAAGCACCACUGCCAUGGCUUCCUCUCCCUCCUUCUUCUUCUUCUUCUUGCUUCUCCUCACACCCUCGCUUGCCUCCCCACCACCUCCACCUUCCUCCACGUUAAUCCAAACCACAUGCAGCCUGACGUCCAACUACGACUUCUGCGUCGCCGCGCUCCGAUCCGACCCUCGCAGCCUGAGAGCCAAGGACGUCAAGUCCCUAUCCGCCAUCGCUCUCCGGAUCGCCGUCGCCAAGGCGAAGACCACAGCGGCGUACGCGGCCAGCCUCGCCAAGAACGCUACCGAGGCGGCGGCGUCCCGGUCGGCGUUCGGGACCUGCGCGGAGAAGUACAAGAACGCCGGCGAGGCGCUGCGGUGGGCGCUCGGCUCGCUGGCGCAGGAGAACUACGACUACGCCUGCGUGCACAUCGGCGCGGCCCAGGAGUACGCCAGCACAUGCGGCAGGCUCUUCUUCCGGAGGAACCCCGGCAUGGCGUUCCCGGCGGCGAUGGCCAAAAGAGAGGAUGAGCUGCAGCGCCUGUGUGGCACUGCCUUCGACAUCAUCUCCCAGCUUGGUUGAUACACGCAUUUUGUCAAACACUCGUACCGACUCAUAGCAUAUCAAUGAUAUAAGCAUCAUAAGUUGUACUACUGUGGUAUUUAGGGAUUAGAAAACCCCAAUUGAUAUCCAGUCAUGCUGUCAUGAACUUGUGGUGUGACUACCGUACCUUAUUAUAUGAAGAGGAAGUGGUGAAGGUUGUUGCUCGUCUCCUAGCAAUUACCAUCCAUAUGAGAGACAGGACCUUGAAGCUUUACUGGUUGUAGCUAUGAUUGAAGGAAUAUGGUUUUGGCUGUGGCUUUCGGUAAAGGUCUUUGCCACACCCUCUUUUGAGAGGCUUCUCUACUAAGCACAGCAUCCACAGCGUUGUCCUCUGCUCUUCAUGUCUUGGGGUAUAUAUGAAGCCUGUGUGAUUGGACCACAGCGAUCAAGUAGACUCACCGACAUCCUUGCGAGCAGGAGAGUCCUCUCAGGCCUCUUGUCCACAGAGAGAAUAGCCUGAUGGGCCAAAGAUGGGCCGACAACAAACAAGGAUGCUUUUUUUUGAGUCGGAGCAUCGUUAGAGUUAGGGUUUGUCGAGGGGCACCUUUCGUCUCUAUAUAGACGCGGUUGGCGGCCAUCGCAUCGCCGUCCGGCGUCUGCGUCGUCUCCGUUGAUCCCCUUCUCUACGGUUUUUGUUCUUGGUCUUUAUCUUCUCUCUGGAUCGGGCUGUGGCGAUGAUGAAGACGACAGUCAUGCACCACGCUGAUGAGGAAUUCUCCUCGAAUGUGCUGACGACAAAGUCUUGUACCCAUUUUUCUCUCUGAGUCUUCCCGAUCUGUGAUUCUUUUCUUGUCAGUCUCUCGGUUGUGGUUGGCGAGGUUGGUUUUGUCUUCUCAUCUGAUCGCCGGACUUGUCUCUUUUGUGUUAGAUCUAAGCGUAAUGCCUCUGUCUUUUCUCCGAUCA